AUGCCGGCCUCCAUCGCGGUCUUCCUGUGCCUGCUCUCGGCGGCCGCGGCCAUGGACGCGGCGGAGAGGGAGACGCUGUUCCUCGUCAUGGACGCCGUGUCCUCCGACCGGGACUGGCGCUCCGAGAGCCCCGACCCCUGCGGCGCGCCCUGGCCGGGGCUCGAGUGCAAGCCGGCGCCGGGCACCGCGGCGCCGCUGCACGUCACGCGGCUGGACUUCGGCGUGGAGCCCAACCCGUCGUGCAAGGACGCGGCCGCCUUCCCGCCCCAGCAGCUCAGCAUCCGGGCCAACCCCUCGCUGUCCGGCGUCAUGCCGCCGCAGCUCGUCAGGCUCAGGUCCCUCCAGGUGCUCACCAUCUCCCAGAACGGCCUCGUCCGUGGCGAGAUCCCGCGGGGCAUCGGCGAGCUCAGGUCGCUCGUGCACCUCGACCUCAGCUACAACUCCCUCUCCGGGCCGGUGCCGACCCGGAUCAGCGAGCUCAAGGGCUUGGUCGGCCUCGACCUCAGCUACAACGCGCUGUCCGGCCCCAUCCCUGGCCGGAUCGGCGACCUGCGCCAGCUGCAGAAGCUGGACCUGAGCUCCAACAACCUCACCGGCGGCAUUCCGGACACCGUCGCCAACCUCACCUCCCUCACCUUCCUGGCGCUAAGCAACAACGGCCUCAAUGGGCACUUCCCUCCUGGCCUCUCCGCUCUCCGGAAUCUCCAGUACCUGAUCAUGGACAACAACCCGAUGGGCGUCCCGCUGCCGUCCGAGCUCGGCAGCCUCGCCCGUCUUCAAGAACUCCGGCUAGCCGGCUCCGGCUACUCGGGGCCGAUACCGGCGGCGUUUGGACAGCUGGCGAGCCUGACGACGCUUUCGCUCGAAGACAACAACCUCACGGGCGAGAUUCCCGCGGGGCUGAGCAGGCUGCACAGGAUAUACCACCUGAACCUGAGCAACAACGGGCUGGGCGGGGCCGUGCCGUUCGACGGCGCGUUCCUGCGGCGGCUCGGCCGCAACCUCGACCUCAGCGGCAACUCGGGGCUGUGCCUGGACGUCGUGCGGGACGUCGGCGUCGGCGUUGCUGCCUGCCAUGGCGGCGGCGGCGGUGAUGGUUCCUUGGCGCGUGACUCGGUGAGCAGUGCUGCCAGGGGAGUGAUGGCGAGAGGCUCCACGGACAGUUUCCGGUUUCGCCUGCUCGGCCCAGUGUGCGUGGUAGUGAUCUCCUGCAUCUUUUUUCCUCCGAAUGGGUAUGCGUAG